AUGACCACACCAGCCCAUCACCACUCCGACCCCUACCGCCUGCACGGCAAAGCCGCCCUUGUGACAGGCGGCAGCCGCGGCAUCGGAGCCGCAAUUGCCAUAGAGCUCGCCAAGCGUGGGGCAAAGGUCAUUGUCAACUACGCCCAUUCCCACGAGGACGCACAGAAGGUUGUGCACCAUAUCAAGCACCACGGCGGCGAAGCGGUAGCGAUCAAGGCGGAUGUUAGUGACCCGCAUGCAGUGAAGAGGCUACUGGAGGGGGCCGUUGCACAUUUCGGGCACUUGGAUAUUGUCUCUAGUAAUGUGGAACUUCAUGCUGUUGGGCAUCUCAAGGAUGUCACGCCAGAGGAAUUCGACUCGGCCUUCCACGUAAACACCCGCGGGCAGUUUUUCCUCGCUCACGAGGCCUACUGCCAUCUCCGCGAGAAAGGACGCAUCAUCCUGACCGCUUCCCACAAGGGUCACCACAAGCACUCGGUGAAUUCCGCCUGCAAGGGGGCGGUUGAUGGCCUCGUUCGAUCCCUGGCGGUAGACUGUGGAGAUAAGAAGAUUACGGUGAACGCCGUCGCCCCGGGGGAGAUCAAGAAGCACAAGCCAAAGGAGCAUGAUCCUGAGGGACAUGCUUUGACCGGUCAGGACGGUGAUCAACCUCCCGCAAAGCCAUCACAUCCACACCGGCUGGGACACCCUGUCGAUGUUGCACGUGUAGUCGCUUUCCUAGCCUCGGACGCAGCGGAAUGGGUGAGCGGAGAGAUUAUCGGUGUGGACGGAGGUGCUCUCCACUAG